UCCGCCAGCCGGCCUGUCAGUUUAGCUUACCUUGCACGCUCCCCACGCCGUCCCGAGAUCGCGCGGAAUUCGACUCCCGCCUUUCUUUCUACUCUUUAACUAACCGACAUCCCCCGGCCCUUUAUCGCGGUCCAAACACAUCCCUUGACGACCUCAUCAAAAUGGUUGCCGACGCCUUGGUCUACCAUCCUGCCCUGGCGCACUACUUGCGCUUUGUCGCAACGACAGUUGGUCGCGAUAAGCUCCUUCGUACCCUGCAGUACUUCUCUCGCUUCUACGCCUGGUACCUCCUCCGCACCAACCGUCCCCAGUCUGCCAUCGACCCUUACAAUGCCAUCAAGAAGCAAUUCGGAACAACUCGGAAGAUUCUGAGGAUUGGAAAGUUCGUUGAACAUCUCAAGGCAGCUGCGCUCGCCUCAGACAACAAGGGCCCUAUUGAUCCCGUGCUUCGCUAUCUCUCCGUCGGCCGUCAGCUCGGAUACGCCGGCUACCUGUCUCUCGAUACAAUCACCGUUGUCGAUACGAUCGGGGUCCGUAAACUCGCUUCUGCCAAGCGGCUGCAGGAGUCUGCUUACCGCUCAUGGAUGGCGGGGCUGGUCUGCAGCGCUCUUGCGGGUGUGUACACAUUGUUCAGGUUGCGGGAGAAGGAGAAGACGCUUGACCGCAAGGAAGGCGAGGGCGUCGUGGAAGCGAAGAAGCUUGAGAAGGAGCGUUCUGCCGCCCGUAUUCAGCUCAUCUCCGAUCUCUGUGACUUGACUGUUCCGGUUUCCGCCCUCGGGUUUGCAUCGCUUGACGAUGGCAUCGUGGGUCUUGCAGGUACGGUCAGCAGUUUGAUCGGUAUCUGGUCACAGUGGCGGAAGACUGCGUAAGCAGUCAACAUUUGAGCUAUGCCUCAUGUAUGGAAGGACCCAACAAGGCCAGUUAUGCAGUGUCCGUUGGUCAUCACCAAGCGCUAUCUGCAUUUAUCGUGAUACUGUGGAUGCCUAUUGGCCUUGAGAGUGCGCUCUAUUGCAUCCAGGCUCCCGACAGUCUGGUCAGAGGGGAAGAAAGAGCGCACUGAGACGGUGCAGGAGUGAAUUAUCAUGUGUUGGAUCAGCUGGACCGUUUUACCUGC